CAUCUGCGGUAUUAGAAACUUCAUAAUCGUACAAGCGUAAUACAAAGUGUACAAGAUGAUAAAAUUAUGUGUAGUAUUAGUUUUAUGUUUUAUGCCAUACCGUAUAGCUAUCCGGUUGCAUUACGCAGACUGUGGUUCAUCUGCAACAGUGCACUCAGUCUUUCUGGAGCCGUGUGAAAUACAUCAUGUACAUGGUAUACAAGAAUGUAUCAUUUACGAACAACACAACUAUACCGCUACGAUCAAUUUUACAGCUACGGUCAAUCACGAUAAGGCAUUCAAUUUUGCGAGCGGUGACGUAACAGGUACAGGAAAUCUUGAGCUAUGGACGUUUUCACCAAAUGACGCUUGCAGUCGUGACGUAAAGUGCCCAAUACAAGCUGGUCUGGCACAGAUCUAUACAGCUACUGUUACUGUCCCAAUAACGAAUCCGAAACGAAUGGCUGCAAAAUGGCAAGUAAAGACUGAAAAUGACCGUUUUGGUACUGCACCUGAUAUCAUAUGUUUUGUAUUUCCAGUCAAAAUUGUAUAAGAAAUAAAAUUAUAUGAAUUCUCACAA